AUGUCAAGCGAUAAUAACGAUAAUAAUAAUAAUCAUUCAUAUAAAGAAGCCAACUAUUAUAACUAUUAUAGACUAUUAGAAAAUAAUUUAAAAAAGAAAUCUAGAGGUUUAUUUCUUACUGAAAAUAAUAAAAAGAAAUCAAAAGUAUUUAAAUUAACCAAAUUUUCAAUCGAUACAGAAAUUAAUGAUUGUAGUUCAACAUCGAAAUGGACUCAAAUUUAUUCAAAUGAUUCAAAAACACCAAUUGAAGCAAGAUAUAAAAUACCAUUGCAUCCAACAUGGAUUAUUACAGAUUUUAGAGUUGAAUCUCAAGAUAAAGUUGUAGUAUUAAUUGGUAAAAUUAAAGAACAUGAAAAAGCAUUAAACAAUUAUAAUGACACAAUUGCAAAUGGUGGUCAAUCAUUUUUAGCAAGUAAAUCGUCAAUAGAAGAUCUCGAUUUCUUUAACCUUAAUAUCGGUAAUCUACCACCCAAUGAAACUGUUAAAAUUACAUUAACUAUCACAUCAGAAAUUGGUACUCACAUCAAUGGACAACUACACUAUUACCUUCAUCAUAGUCUUUUCCCAACCUAUAACUUUAAUUUUAAUCUAAAUAUUAUAAUAAAAUUAUCAAAUUCAAUUGAAUCAAUUAUAAAUUGGUAUGGUAAUUCUAAAAGAAUUUUAAAUAUUAAUAGUAGCAAUACUGGUUGUGGUAGUGAUGAUGGUGAUGAUGAUGUUAUUAAAGUAUUAUAUAAUAAUAGUAAUAAUAAAGAGAUUAAAAUAAAAUCUAAUGAUAAAUUAAAUAGUAUUGAGGAUUCUUUAGUUUUAAUUAUUCAACCAAGUAUUAUUAACGACGAACCAAAAUCAAUGAUUGAAUAUAAUAAAAUUGAAAAUUCAUUAGCAGUUUCGAUAAAUUAUUAUUCAAGUUUUAAAGAUAUUAAAAUUGAAGAUAUGAAUCAAAAGAGUGAAUUUAUAUUUUUAAUUGAUUGCUCAGGUUCAAUGGUUGGCGAGCCAAUGAGGAAAGUAAAACGUGCAAUGGAAAUAAUAAUUAGAAGUUUAAAUGAGAAUCAACAUAGGGUGAAUGUGGUUUGUUUCGGAUCAUCUUUUAAAAAAGUAUUUAAAGUAUCAAGAGAUUACAAUGAUGAAACAUUAGAAUGUCUUAGUAAAUACAUUCAAUCGAUUGAAGCGAAUUUAGGUGGAACUGAAUUACUAACACCAAUUAAAAAUAUUUUAUCAUCACCACCAAAUCCAGAAUAUCCAAGACAACUUUUCAUUCUAACUGAUGGUGAAGCACCUCAUAGAGAUAAAAUCAUUCAUUACCUCUCAAAAGAGUCAAAUACAACUCGUAUAUUCACCUAUGGUAUUGGUGAUAGUGUAGAUAUUGAUUUAAUAAUUGGUUUAUCAAAUGCAUGUAAAGGUCAUUAUGAAUUCAUUACAGAUAAUGAUAAUUUUGAAAAACAAGUUAUGAAAUUAUUAAAUAUUUCAUUAAAACCAAUGUUUUCAAAUAUUAAAUUAGAUUUAUCAACAUUAUUUUCAAAUAAUAAAAAUAAAAAUAAAAAUAAUAAUAAUUGUAAGGAGGAUAUUAUAAUUCAAUCACCUUCACAAAUUAGACCAUUAUUUUAUCAAGAAAGAAUGAUCGUUUAUUUAAUGAUUGAGUCAUUAUCAACAAGAUUAAAAGAUAUCAUUAAUGAUUCAAUUGAAAAUUCAAAACCAUUAAUUAUUACAAUGACUUGUGAUGGUCCAAAAGGUGAUAAAUUAUCAAUUCCAAUUGAAUUGGAUUUAAAAAAUAAUUGUAUAAUAUCAUCAUCAUCAUCAUCAUCAUCAUCAUCAUCAUCAUCAUCAUCAUCAUCAUCAUCAUCAUCAUCAUCAUCAUCAUCAUCAUCAUCAUCAACAACAACAGCAACAACAAAUCAAAAUCAAAUUCAUAGAUUAUCAGCAUAUCAUCAAAUUAAAGAUUUAGAAGAGAAAGAAAGAAAGAAAAAAAAAGAUAAUAAAACUAGAAUUGUUGAAUUGAGUAAAAAGUAUGGAAUACUUUCAAAACAUACCUCAUUCAUUGUUAAGUGUGAAUCAACUAAACCAACUUUAGAAUCUAUGGAUUUCAUUGACAUAAUUGAUCAGUUUAGUUUUGAAAAUCAAGUUAGUGCAACUAAAAAUAAAUCACAAUGUCUGUUAACCAAAUCUAAGAAAAGUAAAACCGCAGCACCAACAACAACAACAACAACAACAAUUACAAAAAAAAGAUUUUCCGAUGUAGAUGAAGAUAUUUCAAGACAGUCUGUUAAAAAAUCAAAGAAAAGUGAAACCAAAGAAGAAACUACAAAAACAACAUCAUCCAAGACAAAAUCAUCAUCAUCAUUUGAUUUAAUUGAUUUGUUAAGAAUUCAAAGAGCAAAUGGAUCAUGGACAAAGUCAACCAUUUCUCAAAUGGGAAUUUCAAUUGGUAAUGCACCUGUGGAAUUAUCAUCAGAUCAAUUAUAUAAUAUUUGGGUUACCUUAAUAGUAAUUUCAAAAAUAAUAAAACUUUUCCCAAAUGAAAAAAUUGAAUAUGAAUUUGCAAUUCAAAAAUCAAAAAAAUGGGUAAAACUUGAACUUUCAAAAUUAAAUCUUCCAAACACAACCUUUGAUAAAUUUUCAUUAAAAGCAAAUUCUUUGUGUUAA